CCCAGUAAAAAAAUAUGCUUUCUCUUUUCACUUUAAAUUUGCUUUAUCGCAUCUCUCACUUCUAUUUGUCUUCUGUACAUCAUCAUCUUCUUGAUCUUCAAUGGAGACUCCAUCAUCGACAAAAAGAGUCACAAGAUCGCAGACUUUUGCUGGUCUUAUCAUCAACAAUAUUCCCAUUUCAAGGAAGAUUGAAGUUUCUGAGAGGGGUGUUUCAACAAGAAGAAGUGGAAAACAAGAAAAAGAUCGCUCUGCACUUAUUGAUAUAACCAACGAUUCACCUAUUGUUGGACUUGCUAUGGGUAGCUUAGAGACUCCAUCAUCAGCCGUAGCCAAGCAAAGAAGCAAUAGAGUUAAGAACAACAAUACACCCAGCUCUGGAGAGGCACUCCUUAGGGGUCAAGUGAAGACCCUCUUGCAGGAAGUUGAAGAAGAGGCUGAGCUGUCAAAGAUCUCAUUAGAGAACCGUCCCUUUGUCCAUAUUCAAGGAUUUGUCAGUUCUCCAAUGGGACUUCUUGCUCCAACUCCUGCUAAUACACCACAAGUACCUAAUCUUUCUGAAGAUGAUCGAUGUAUUAGUAACACUCCUUUGCCAGUAGUUGAAGAACAAUUGCAGAUUUUUCAGGUGGUGAAUGAUAUCUUUGAUGAGAAGGAAGAGGGCCUUGAAUCUCAAAAGAGUAUAACAAGGUCUUUAAUGCUCGACUUCUCUGAAAAAUCUGAAAUCACUAACUCAUCAUCAGAAUGCUCCUCCGUGGUGACCACUUGCAAAGUAGACAAGUCAUCCACAACAGAUGAUGACAGUUCCUCUAACUGGUCCAUUCAUGUUAAUGCAAGCACCCAUGAUGAAGAUGAGGAGGAACAAGAAAUUGAAGAAGAAGAAGAUUAUGAUCCUUACGAUUAUGAAGAGGGUGAUUAUGGAGGGUCUAUUGAUGCGCUGUGCGAAGGUAUUGGCAAGGUAAGCGUGAGCGAGAGUAAAACAGCGCCUGCUAAAUUCACAGGAAAGCAUACAAGAUUUAGGUACAACAGUGAUGAUGAAAUUGUUGAAGAAGAAGUAAUAGCAGCUCCUGGUUCAUCACCAAGUGUUUUGCACUUGAAGGGUCUGCCAACAUCCAAAGGGAAGCACUUCCGCUUUCCAAAGGAAGAAGAAGAUUAAUGUGCAAGUUCAAGUAAGUUGGGUUGUUGUGUCUAACUCGACACUGCAUGUUUGGGAUUUGCUCUUUAUGGUUCAGUUUGCAUCUUUUACGAGUUUUUCUUUGACACUUGAUAAAGAUUGAAAUAAUUUAGUGUUAGAUUCUGUUGAAAGAACACAAAUUGAAGUUGUGGGACAAAUAGGAUCAAUACAUCAUUUCUUUGAUCAUCAAAGAAUAGUUCUGAUAUCCACUAUUAA